UCCAGCCGAAUACAACGAACAUUGAAGAGGAAUGUGCUAUUGAAGUCGGUGUUAAUCAACCACCUGGGCUAGAAUAUCCGCCUCAGCCUUACGGUCAGUCUCUGCCUCUGCCUCUGCCUCAGCUAGAAUGUCCACCUCAGCCUAGCUCCCAGUCUCUGCCUCUGCCUCUGCCUCAGCUAGAAUCUCUGCUUCAAUCUCAGCAUCAAUCCAAGUCGCAGACGGAUAUAAGCAAGAUGACAGAGCAGUUUUUCAAUGACACUUGGGGUUAUCAACCACCGUUAGAGAUGAUUGCCGCAGUGGGUGGUCAUCAACCACUUCAAUCUCAACCGCAACCUCAGGUCUGGACUUGGGAGGAGAACAAAGCCUUUGAGUCGGUUAUCGCCAAUUGUUUCCAGGAUGCUAUACACAAUAACUGGAAAACCGUGGCUGCUCGCCUCCCUGGAAAGACUCCGGCACAGCUGCAAGAGCGAUUCUUGAAACUGAUGACCGACGUUAAUGCUAUCAAAAACGGUAAUCCUGAGAACAUGAACAUCAUGAUACCUGUGCCUGCUACCCCAUUGGAACACAGCCUUCUCUCCAUUCCCGUCGUCAAUGCAACACCACCACCUCCACCGCCUCAUUGGACUCACCAUCAGCAUCACAGGAUGGAGGCAUUGAUGCCAGCGGCAGACAUGGCAGUGCCAAUGCAUAUUACCUUACUGUCAUCAUCAAUGUCAGGUUGUUUCUCCAAGGCUACGAAGAAUUAG